AGGAGAUGUUUUGGCACAAAUAAAUCCCAUCCUUACAAAAAAGGAUAGGAGAUGGCUUUGCCUCAGAUCUUAUAUUCUCAAUGCAGAAAUCGUGGAAUUCUUCUUCGUGGAUACAACUCCAUUCCGAGAUAAAUACUUUACUGAGACAGACCAUACUUACGACUGGCGAGGCGUGCUUCCUAGGAAGGAAUACCUCUCAAAUCUCUUGAAGGAUGUGGAUUCAGCCAUAAGUGAAUCAAGCGCAAGAUGGAAAAUUGUAGUUGGUCACCAUACUAUGAGAAGCGCUGGAAAACAUGGUGACACAGUAGAGCUCGUAGCCAAACUUCUCCCAAUACUUCAGGCAAACAAUGUUGAUCUUUACAUUAAUGGACACGACCAUUGUUUGCAACACAUCAGUAGUCCUGACAGUCCACUUCAAUUUUUAACAAGUGGUGGUGGCUCGAAGGCAUGGAGGGGUGAUGUCAGUUGGUGGGAUCCAAAGGAAAUGAAGUUGUACUAUGAUGGACAAGGCUUUAUGACUCUCCAAAUUACUCUAAACGAAAUUGAUGUUGUAUUUUAUGAUAUUAUUGGCAAUGUUUUACACAAAUGGAGUGUAACCAAGCAGGUUUACGCUGCUGAAUAGAGAGGGUCACAGGAAAGGACAUGCACUUGCAGAUCUUAUUUAAUUAUUAUGUUUGUUGUAAAACUUAAAUUAGUCAUGGGGGAUACGUAAGUGAAACUUAUUAUUGUAUAAUGGUUUGUUUAAUAGAUCGGAUUGUUGUAUUGAAAGUAA